UGGUUAGUGUCGCUGGGUGCGAGGCGGGGAGCUAACCAGCUGGAGGGUUGGGGGAGUGGAGCAGCUGUGGCCAAGCCAAGGUUUGAAAGAACUUCUCAGAGGAAACAUCUAGAACCACUUCUGUGCAGAAACACCACCACUCUACUUUCCAUUUUGCUGCCAGAGACAACCACAUCCUCCUCACCUGCACCACAGGCCCCCAUGGAGAGCUCAGAUGCAGAGUUGGACCUGCAGAGAAGUGUUCAAGCUGUGCUCCGGGAGCUCAGUGCCCAGGCCCCUGCCCUGCAAAGCAACCAGGGCAUGUGGAGGUGGUCCCUGCAUAAGAAGGUUGAGCGAGAUCCUGGUAAGAGCCCAGUGCUGGUCCGCAUUCUGCUCAGAGAGCUGGAAAAGGCAGAAAGCGAGGACCUCCGGCACAUCAUCAUCCCCCUGCUACACACUCUAAUGUAUGUGCUCACUAAGGCCACAGGCAUCACAGAAGAACUCUACCAAAGAACCUAUGCCUUCUGCACCAGGUUACUGACCCUGCCCACCCCCUACUGCACAGUUGCCUUGGACUGCGCCAUAAGACUGAAAACGGAGACAGCCGUCCCAGGGACACUGUACCAAAGGAUGGUCAUUGCUGAACAGAACUUGACGAAUGAACUGUAUCCCUACCAAGAGAGAGUGUUCCUCUUCGUGGAUCCUGAGCUGGUGUCCGCCUCUGUGUGCAGUGCCCUGCUGCUGGAGAUCGAGGCAGCCCAGGUGACCCCAGAGGCCUGCAUGCGCCACGUGGUUUCCCACGCCCUGCAGGCAGCUCUGGGGGAGGCCUGCCACGCUGGUGCUCUGCACAGGAAGCUGCAGGCCAGCUCCCGCCGUGUCCUGGAGCACUAUUUCCUCGCAGUGGUGGCCGCAGUGGAGCAGAUGGCGAGCGAGGCCAACCCAAGCCGGGCGGGACACCUGGAGAGGCUGGAGGAGAUUUACUGCUCGCUGCUGGGGCCGGCGGCCACAAGGGGACGCUGCAGCGGUGAUCCUCUCCAAGACCGGCCACCGAACAUCCCUCUGCCCAGCCCCUACAUCACCUUCCACCUGUGGACAGACCAGGAGCAGCUCUGGAAGGAGCUGGUUCUCUUCCUCCGCCCGCGAUCCCAGCUGCGCCUCAGUGCUGACCUGGAGGCUUUGGAUCUGCAGGGCCUUGGGCCAGACCGGGACUUGGCCCGGGUGUCCAUGCUGUCCACUGACAGUGGCAUUGAGCGAGACCUUCCUGUGGGAGUUGAUGAGCUCCCUGCCCCCGGCAGCCCAGAGACGGAGCGGGCCGGCCUGCAGCGUAAAGGGGGCAUCAAGAAGCGCAUGUGGCCCCCCGACUUCUUGAUACCCAGCAGCUGGGAUGGACCACUGGGGCUGCACCGGAGGACGGGCAGGCCCAGUGGGGACGGGGAGCUGCUGCCUGGGGUCUCCCGGCUGCACACAGCACGGGUGUUGGUGCUGGGGGACGACAGGAUGCUGGGGCGCCUGGCCCAGGCUUACCACAGACUCAGGAAACGGGAGACCCAGAAGUUCUGCCUCACUCCCAGACUCAGCCUGCAACUCUAUUACAUCCCCGUGCUGGCGCCUGAGGAACCCUCAGCAUCCAGGCAGCCGGAGCUGGGAGAGCUGGCUGCGUUCCUGGGCCGCGCAGACCCGUGGUAUGAGUGCACCGUCAACACCCUGUGUCCCGCCAUCCACAAGCUGGCUCAGAUGCCUCCCUGCUUGGACACAUCCCGGACUGUGGAUCCGUUCAUCCUGGAUGUCAUCACCUACUAUGUUCGCAUGGGGACCCAACCCAUCUAUUUCCAGAUCUACACAGUCAAGAUGUUUAGUGACCUGAGCCAGGACCCGACAGAGGACAUUUUCCUCACUGAGCUAAAGGUGAAAAUUCAAGACUCCAAGGUCCCCAGAGAGGGCUUUUCACCCCGGAGGAGAGGUGUGGCUGAGGGCCCCGGUGCAGAGCUCUCCGUGUGCUACCAGAAGGCUCUGCUCAGCCACCGGCCCCAAGAGGUCACCGUUAACCUGAGGGCCACUGGGCUGGUCCUGAAGGCCAUUCCAGCCAGUGAAACGGAAGUUUCAGGGUUCCCCCACUGCCCCCCAACUGCUGCUCCAGUUAUGGACCACACAUGUCUGAACGUCACUGUGACYGAGGUGGUCAAGUCCUCCAACCUGGCAGGAAGGUCCUUCUCUACAGUGACAAAUACCUUCCGGACAUCCAACAUCCAGAUCCAGAGCCAGGAACAGAAGCUGCUGACUCUGUCACUGGACAAGGACAGUCGGCGUACCUUCAGGGAUGUGGUCAGAUUCGAGGUUGGUCCCUGCCCAGAGCCUCGUUCCAGGGCCCAGAAGUCCAAGACGUCAUGGCUCAGUUUACAAGGGCAGAAGGAGAUGGAAAUGGCCAAAGCCAAGCCCAAAUCCCUUCUGAUGCCCAUUAACACAUUCUCCGGCAUCGUCCAGUGAGUCACUGGGGCAGCAGAAGAGCUGGGUCUAAGGACGAUAGGCCCAAGAAGAAGAAAAACACUACCCCUCCAGCCCUCCAGGACUUACCCACAGUCAGAACAAGGCCUGGCUCCACUGGGCAGCUCUGGCUUUGACCAGGAGACAGUGAGAGCCUGGGAGUGCACAGAGCUUGGCUGUGGAGUAUGUGGCGGAGCAGGGCCCACGCCAAGGCCAGGGGAUCACCCAGCAAGACUGUGACAUCAUGAAAGUACCCAUACAUAGCUUAGCUUGUCACAUAAACAUCCAUACCUGCAUUUAUUUCCAACUCCUACUUCUCCCACUGUCUUUGCCCACAUGAGCYCCCCACCCACCUCUGAAAACCAAGGUCAGAGCUACUGUUUUGGCUGGAUCCCUGUGGCCAAGGGGAAAAUCAAAAGUAGAUACACACAACUGCACCUGUGCCCUCCUGAGUCUGUU